CUGUCUUCGACCAGUAGCAUACAACCAACCAGCAAUGGCUAGCGCUUCUUCCUCAACAACACCUGCUGCGGGUAGUAGCCGAAGCAAUCAGGAUGCCGAACUCCUCCCUCCCAUCCCCAAGUCGAAUGCCAUUCUUGUCAUUGGCAUGGCAGGCUCAGGCAAAUCGACCUUGGCUGGUGCUCUCUCCCGCCAUCUCGAGGCCGAGGCUGCCAAGCGCAACCCCUCUGCAGCCUCUUCAGACCCCUCUGCCUCCUCUUCAGAUGCGUCGUACUUGGUGAAUCUGGAUCCGGCAGUCUCUACACUCAACUACGAGCCCAACGUCGAUAUACGAGACACGGUCGACUACAAGCGUGUAAUGGACGAGUAUAACCUCGGACCCAACGGAGGCAUCUUGACUGCCUUGAAUCUAUUCACGACAAAGUUCGAUCAGGUCAUGGGAAUUCUCGAGGGCAGAAGCAAUGAGGUCGACAACAUCAUCCUCGACACUCCCGGUCAAAUCGAGAUUUUCACCUGGUCCGCCUCCGGAACAAUCAUUACCGACUCUCUCGCCUCGGCCUUGCCUACUUGCAUAGCCUACGUAGUCGACACUCCUCGUACAACGGCACCGGCGACGUUCAUGAGCAACAUGCUCUAUGCGUGCAGUAUCAUGUACAAGACGAAGCUGCCCUUUAUCAUCGUGUUCAACAAGGAGGACGAACAGGAUGCCGGCUUCGCGAGGGAGUGGAUGGAGGACUUUGAGGCGUUUCAGGAGGCGCUGAACAAGGGGAAUGCUACGGACCAGGUCGAUGUUGGGAGGGGCAAUCCGCGAGCGAGGGGCGCAGCUGGGCAGGAGGGAGAGGCGAGCUAUAUGAACUCGCUGGUCAACUCGAUGGCCUUGCUGCUGGAGGAAUUUUACAACAGCAUCAGGGCCGUAUCCGUCUCCUCUCUCACCGGCUCAGGCAUGCCCUCCUUCCUCUCCGCCGUCCAAGAAGCCCGUCAAGAAUACGUGGACGAGUAUCGCCCCGAGCUGGAAGCCUUGCGCGCCUCGCGAAAACAGAAGCAAGAGGAGAGGAAGAAGCGCGAGGUGGAGAAGAUGAUGAGGGACUUGAGGGUGAAGCCCAGCGGAAAGGCGGCGCCCAAAGCAGCGACUGGGGCGAGGGGAGGGGGUGGGGAGGUCGACGAUGACGAUGAGGAAGACCCGCGCAUCACCCGCAUGGCGGAUCGAAUGCGCGUGCCGGGGUACGAAGGCGAUGGGCUUAUCAUGGAGCCUGACGACGAUGAUGUCCUGCUUCAGACGCAUGGGGCUGCACAGACUCAGGCGGGACAGGUGCCGAGACGAGGAGGAGCGCAGAGGGGGGAGGGGGAGGACCUGGCUUCAGUGGGUCAGAGGAGAAGGGAGGAGCAGUUGGCGAGGGCGAGAUUGGGAUGAGCGAGACGCAGAUGGAAGGUGGCGGGUGAAUGAUAUGAUUGCAGACA